CCCAAGUUUUCUGAUAUUCCAUAUUUCCAGUGGUACGGUACGUAUCGGGCAAGAAAACUCUCCAUUCCUCUCCUCCAAACACAACUCUCAAACCCUGUAAUCACUCUUUCGAUUUACUCCGUUUCUUCGUCAACCUUCAAUCAUGGUGCUCGAGGCUACGAUGAUCUGUAUCGAUAAUUCCGAAUGGAUGCGUAACGGGGAUUACUCACCCACUAGGUUUCAAGCCCAAUCCGACGCUGUUAAUCUGAUUUGUGGCGCUAAAACCCAGUCUAAUCCUGAAAAUACAGUGGGCGUAUUGACAAUGGCUGGCAAAGGUGUCCGUGUUCUUGUCACUCCUACUAGCGAUCUUGGCAAGAUCCUGGCUUGCAUGCAUGGUUUAGAAAUAGGUGGUGAGAUGAACUUAGCAGCUGGGAUCCAAAUUGCUCAGUUGGCUUUAAAGCAUCGUCAAAACAAAAAACAGCAACAAAGGAUAAUUGUGUUUGCUGGAGGUCCUGUCAAAUAUGAUAAGAAAGUACUGGAGCUGAUUGGGAAGAAGUUAAAGAAGAACAGUGUAGCUCUUGAUGUUGUGAACUUUGGUGAAGAAGAUGAAUCAAAGUCAGAAAAGCUUGAAGCUUUAGUUGCUGCUGUAAACAACAAUGACAGCAGUCACAUUGUUCAUGUCCCAGCUGGAUCAAAUGCUCUUUCUGAUGUUCUUUUAAGUACUCCAAUAUUUACUGGUGAUGGAGAAGGUGGAAGUGGAUUUGCAGCGGCAGCAGCUGCAGCUGCAGCUGGUGGUGUAUCUGGUUAUGACUUUGGUGUUGACCCAAAUCUUGAUCCUGAGCUGGCACUUGCUCUUCGUGUUUCAAUGGAAGAAGAAAGAGCAAGGCAAGAAGCUGCUGCUAAAAAAGCUGCAGAUGAUUCUUCAAAGAAUGAGAAACAAGGGGAGUCUACUUCACAAGAUGCAACUAUGUCUGAAAAUGUUGCUUCUGAAUCUGAGAAUAAAAAAGAUGAUUUAAUGGAUGAUGAGAAUGCAUUGCUGCAACAGGCUCUUGCCAUGUCAAUGGAUGACCCUGCUGCUACUACUGUGACAACAAGGGAUACUGACAUGUCAGAGGCAGCUGCUGAUGAUCAAGAUUUGGCACUUGCCCUACAAUUGUCUGUUGAAGAAGGUGCAAAAGAUGGAUCAGGGUCAGGGCAGGCAGAUAUGGGGAAGCUCUUGGCUGAUCAGUCGUUUGUCUCAUCUAUUCUUGCUUCGCUGCCAGGAGUCGACCCGAAUGAUCCUUCAGUCAAGGAUUUGCUUGCUUCAAUGCAAAAUCAGCCUGAGUCUGACCAGAAGAAAAAGGAGGAUAAAGCACCCAAGGAAGACGACAAGUGAUGUUAUUGUUAUGUGGUCUUUUUUUUUCCUAAGUAUAAUCCCUGGCAUGUACCACUCCUAAAAAACCUGAUUUUUAUUUUAUUUUUGUAGGCAAACCACUCCAUGAGUUAUAUAUUUCUUUUGUAUUUGUGGGUGUAGAGGUUACAAAUUACGGUGGCAUUUGUUGUUUAAUGAAUGAUAAUGGGAUAUGGAUAGACUUGUUGAUUA